ACUGUUGCUCAGAUUGUGGAAGAGAUUCCCGCUCUCUCAAGAAUCUCAGCACCAACAACUGCCACAGGCCUCCUCUACUAUGCCCGUAACCUCAUAUCCAUGCUCUUCUUAGGCCAUCUUGGACAUGUUGAGCUUGCAGCAGGUGCACUUUCUGUUGGUUUCGCCAACAUCACAGGCUACUCAAUCUUCUCCGGCUUAUCCAUGGGCAUGGAACCCAUAUGUGGCCAAGCAUAUGGUGCACAGCAAUGGAGCCUCCUGAGCCUGACGCUUCACCGAACUAUUGCUUUCCUUCUCUUAAUUUCCAUACCUAUCUCCCUCCUUUGGCUGAAUGCUGACCAAAUCCUCUUGUACAUAGGCCAGGACCCGACCAUAACUAAAGUUGCCAAGACCUAUCUCCUCUACACUCUUCCAGACCUUAUAGCCCAAUCCAUCAUCCAUCCUCUCCGCAUCUACCUACGUACACAAAAUGUAACUCAUCCAGUCGCAUUCGUCGCAGCCAUUGCAUCUUUGAUCCACAUUCCACUAAACUACUACCUGGUGAUCGUUCUCAAGACAGGCAUCAAAGGUGUAGCCAUAGCAGUAGUCCUGACCAACUUCAAUAUCAUAUUACUUUUAGUGUGCUACAUUUAUUUUAGUGGGGUCUGCAGCAAAACUUGGACGAGUGUAUCCAUGGAUUGCUUCAAGGAAUGGGGAUCCUUUAUCUCGCUAGCCAUACCAAGUUGCAUCUCGGUGUGUUUGGAGUGGUGGUGGUACGAGUUCAUGAUCAUCUUAUGUGGGCUCCUGAGGAAUCCUGAAGAAACGGUCUCAGCCAUCGGAAUACUGAUCCAGAUGACAGCAUUGGUCUAUGUCUUCCCUUCAUCUUUGGGCUAUGGGGUGUCGACUCGAGUGGCUCAAGAGCUAGGGGCCGAACAGCCCGGGAGGGCGAGGAGGGCAGCAGCCAUGGGUACUGCUUGUGGAGCCUUCAUUGGUGUGGCAGCAAUGGCGUUCAAUAUAUGGGCUCGGGGGUGGUGGGGAGUGAUGUUCACCAACAGGACCGGAGUACUGAAGCUGGUGGCGGCGGCAUUGCCAAUACUUGGCUUGUGUGAGCUGGGUAAUUGUCCUCAGACAGCCAUGUGUGGUGUGCUGAGGGGGAGUGCAAGGGCUGGCAUUGGGGCCAAAGUGAACUUGGGUGCUUUCUAUGGGGUAGGGCUGCCAGUGGCCUUGUUGCUCGGCUUCUGGGUGGGUUUAGGCUUUGUUGGACUGUGGCUGGGGUUGCUCGCAGCGCAGGCUUCAUGCGCGUUGGUGCUUGGGGUGGUGCUGAUUAGGACUGACUGGGCCAAGCAAGUAAAGCGGGCCAAAGAGCUAACAGGUGGUGGGGAAGUGGUGAAAGGAGAUGAUAGUGUGAAUAAGGAUGAGGAGAGAGAGUGCUUGAAGGGGAUGGUUGGUCCUUGAGACUGUUUAAUUAAGUGGUUGAAGCCUUCUGUGAUUGUUCUCAAAAUUAGAAUAUGAGAAGAUCUAACAGAAGAAAUUUUGGCUGUUGGUGGGGAGUUUAACUUUUGGAAGUGUUAGCAUAGUGGAUAUGUUAAUUUGGCCCUUAAAAGUAGGUGCGCCGAUCCAACCAGUCUUCUGGCCCUCAAAAGUAGGUGAGCUGAUCCAACUAGUUUUGUUCUCGCCCUUCAAC